AUGCUCCGUGCAAGGCCAGAGGCCCUGGUGCUCCUGGGAGCUCUGCUGACUGCACUCCUGGACCCAGCGGGAGGCCAGGACUCACUCUCGCUGACCUGGGAAGUGCAGCGCUAUGACGGCUGGUUCAACAACCUGAGGCACCACGAGCGUGGCGCUGCCGGCUCCCGACUGCGGCGCCUUGUACCAGCUAAUUACGCGGACGGCGUGUAUCAGGCUCUGGGGGAGCCGCUGCUACCCAACCCGCGCCGACUCAGCAACGCCGCCAUGCGGGGCACAGCCGGGCAGGCAUCCGGCCGCAAUCGCACAGUGCUGGGGGUCUUCUUUGGCUACCACGUGCUCUCAGACCUGGUGAGCGUGGAAAAGCCUGGUUGCCCGGCCGAGUUCCUCAACAUCCACAUCCCGCCCGGAGACCCCGUGUUCGAUCGCGACCAGAACGGGGACGUGGUGCUGCCCUUCCAGAGGAGCCGCUGGGACCCCGAGACCGGACAGAGCCCCAGCAACCCCCGGGACCUGACCAACGAGGCGACGGGCUGGCUGGACGGCAGCGCCAUCUAUGGCUCUUCGCACUCCUGGAGCGACGAGCUGCGCAGCUUCAACGGUGGGCAGCUGGCGUCGGGGCCCGACCCCGCCUUCCCCCGGAACGCGCAGGACCCGCUGCGCGUGUGGACUGCGCCCGACCCCGCCACGGGACGGCGCGGGCCCCGGGGGCUGUACGCUUUCGGGGCGGAGCGAGGGAACCGCGAGCCCUUCCUGCAGGCGCUGGGCCUGCUCUGGUUCCGCUACCACAACCUGUGGGCGCAGAGGCUGGCCCGCCAGCACCCGCUCUGGGGGGACGAGGAGCUGUUCCAGCACGCGCGCAAGAGGGUCAUCGCCACCUACCAGAACAUCGCGAUGUAUGAGUGGCUGCCCAGCUUCCUGCAGCAAGCACCGCCGAAUUACACAGAGUACCGCCCUUUCCUGGACCCCAGCAUCUCCCCGGAGUUCCUGGCGGCCUCUGAGCAGUUCUUCUCCACCAUGGUGCCCCCUGGCGUCUACAUGAGAAACACCAGCUGUCAUUUCCAGAUGGUCCUGAAUGAGGGUUUUGGCAGCUCCCCAGCUCUCAGAGUCUGCAACAGCUACUGGAUUCGGGAGAACCCCAAUCUGAACAGUGCCGAGGCAGUGAAUCAUCUGCUGCUGGGAAUGGCCUCCCAGAUUUCAGAGCUGGAGGACAGGAUAGUGGUUGAAGAUCUGAGGGAUUACUGGCCUGGCCCUGGCAAGUUCUCCCGCACUGACUAUGUGGCCAGCAGCAUCCAACGUGGCCGAGAUAUGGGGCUGCCCAGCUACAGCCAAGCUCGACAGGCCUUGGGGCUGGAGACCCCAGAGAACUGGAGUGACCUCAACCCCAAAGUGGACCGUCAGGUGCUGGAGGCCACAGCUGCCCUGUACAACCAGGACGUGUCCCGGCUGGAGCUACUCCCCGGGGGCCUCCUGGAGAGCUAUGGGGACCCUGGACCCCUCUUCAGCACCAUCGUCCUCGAUCAGUUUUUUGUGCGACUGCGGGAUGGCGACCGCUACUGGUUUGAGAACAGCAGGAAUGGGCUAUUCUCCACGGAGGAAAUUGCAGAAAUCAGAAACACCACUCUUCGGGACGUGCUGGUGGCUGUCACCAGCGUGAACCAUGGUGCCCUGCAGCCCAAUGUCUUUAUUUGGCAACAAGGUGCACCCUGCCCUCAGCCCCGGCAGCUCAGAAGUGAAGACUUGCCCCCCUGUGUGCCCCUGACUGUGACUCAUUUCUUUGAGGGCAGUGGUCCUGGUUUUGGCAUCACCAUCGUGGCUCUGUGCUGUCUUCCCCUAGUGAGCCUGCUUAUCUCUGGGGUGGUGGCCUAUUUCCGGGGUCAAGAGCUCAAGAAGCUACAAAGGAAAGGCAGAGAGAGUGUGAAGAAGGAAGCAGCCAAAGAUGGAAUGUCAGCGAUGGAGUGGCCGGGACCCAGGGAGAGGAGCUAUCCCAUCACCAUCCAGCUGCUCCCAGACAGGCGUCUGCAGGUCCUGGACAGGCGUCUCUCUGUGCUCCGUACCGUCCAGCUGAGGCCCCCGCAGCAGGUCCACCUCAUCCUGUCCAGCAACCGCGGAUGCCGCGCCCUGCUGCUCAAGAUCCCCAAGGAGUAUGACCUGGUGAUGCUGUUUAACUCCGAGGAAGAGCGAGGCACCUUCGUGCAGCAUCUGCAGGGCUUCUGUGUGAGCUCGGCUCUGGGCCUUGAUGUGGCUGAGAUGAGUGAGAACGAGCUGUUCAGGAAGGCUGUGACCAAGCAGCAGCGGGGCCGCAUCCUGGAGGUCUUCUUCAGACACCUCUUUGCCCAGGUGCUAGACAUCAACCAGGCAGAUGCCGGGACCCUGCCCCUGGACUCCUCACAGAAGGUGCGGGAGGCCCUGACAUGUGAGCUGAGCCGGGCUGAGUUUGCCGAGUCCCUGGGCCUCAAGCCCCAGGACAUGUUUGUGGAGUCCAUGUUUUCUCUGGCCGACAAGGACGGCAAUGGCUACCUGUCCUUCCGGGAGUUCCUGGACGUCCUGGUGGUCUUCAUGAAAGGCUCCCCAGAGGACAAGUCCCGCUUGAUGUUCACCAUGUAUGACCUUGAUAGGAAUGGCUUCCUCUCCAAGGACGAGUUCUUUACCAUGAUGCGGUCCUUCAUCGAGAUCUCCAACAACUGCCUGUCCAAGGCCCAGCUGGCUGAGGUGGUGGAGUCCAUGUUCCGGGAGUCGGGCUUCCAGGACAAGCAGGAGCUGACGUGGGAGGACUUCCACUUCAUGCUGCGGGACCACAACAACGAGCUCCGCUGCACCCAGCUCUGCGUCAAGGGUGGAGGUGGAGGUGUCUUCUUGUUCUCCCCAGGUAUCGGAGACAUUCUUAAACCAAACGUCAGCUGUCGAGUGUCAUUCAUCACUCGGACUUCUGGGGAACGUUCUUGCCCUCAGGGAGUGGGGCUCCCUGUCUCAGAAGCCCCAGAGUUGGGAGGCCCUGGCUUGAAGAAGAGGUUUGGCAAAAAGGCAGGGGUGCCCCCUCCCCGGCUAUACACAGAGGCGCUGCAGGAGAGGAUGCAGAGGGGCUUCCUGGCCCAGAAGCUGCAGCAGUACAAGCGCUUCGUGGAGAACUACCGGCGGCACAUCGUGGUCGUGGCAGUCUUCUCAGCCAUCUGUGCCGGACUGUUUGUGGAGCGUGCUUACUACUAUGGCUUUGCCUCGCCACCCUCGGGCAUUGCAGAGACCACCCUCGUGGGCAUCAUCCUGUCGCGGGGCACGGCGGCCAGUGUCUCCUUCAUGUUCUCCUACAUCCUGCUCACCAUGUGCCGCAACCUCAUCACCUUCCUGCGAGAGACCUUCCUCAACCGCUACGUGCCCUUCGAUGCCGCCGUGGACUUCCAUCGCUGGAUCGCCAUGGCUGCUGUCGUCCUGGCCAUUUUGCACAGUGCUGGCCACGUGGUGAAUGUCUACAUCUUCUCAGUCAGCCCCCUCAGCCUGCUGGCCUGCAUCUUCCCCAGCGUCUUUGUGAAUGAUGGGUCCAAGCUUCCCCAGAAGUUCUACUGGUGGUUCUUCCAGACAGUCCCAGGUAUGACAGGGGUGCUCCUGCUCCUGGUUCUCGCCAUCAUGUACGUCUUCGCCUCCCACCACUUCCGGCGCCGCAGCUUCCGGGGCUUCUGGCUGACCCACCACCUCUACAUCCUGCUCUAUGUGCUGCUCAUCAUUCAUGGCAGCUUCGCUCUGAUCCAACUGCCUCGUUUCCACAUCUACUUCCUGGUGCCAGCACUUAUCUAUGUGGGGGACAAGCUGGUGAGCCUGAGCCGGAAGAAGGUGGAGAUAGGCGUGGUGAAAGCAGAACUGCUGCCUUCAGGAGUGACCCACCUUGAGUUCCAGCGGCCCCAAGGCUUUGAGUACAAGUCAGGACAGUGGGUGCGGAUCGCCUGCCUGGCUCUGGGGACCAACGAGUACCACCCCUUCACCCUGACUUCUGCGCCCCAUGAGGACACGCUUAGCCUGCACAUCCGGGCAGCAGGGCCCUGGACCACCCGCCUCAGGGAGAUCUACUCACCCCCGACGGGUGACAGCUGUACCAAACAUCCAAAGCUGUACCUCGAUGGACCAUUUGGAGAGGGCCACCAGGAGUGGCAUAAGUUUGAGGUGUCCGUGCUGGUGGGAGGGGGCAUUGGGGUCACCCCCUUUGCCUCCAUCCUCAAAGACCUGGUCUUCAAGUCAUCCUUAGGCAGCCAAAUGCUCUGUAAAAAGACCUACUUCAUCUGGGUGACACGGACCCAGCGGCAGUUUGAGUGGCUGGCUGACAUCAUCCGGGAGGUGGAGGAGAACGACCACCAGGACCUGGUGUCCGUGCACAUCUACGUCACCCAGCUGGCUGAGAAGUUCGACCUCAGGACCACCAUGCUGUACAUCUGUGAGCGGCACUUCCAGAAGGUGCUGAACCGGACCGUGUUCACGGGCUUGCGCUCCAUCACCCACUUUGGCCGACCCCCCUUCGAACCCUUCUUCGACUCUCUGCGGGAGGUCCACCCAAAGGUGAGGAAGAUCGGGGUGUUUAGCUGCGGCCCUCCAGGAAUGACCAAGAAUGUAGAGAAGGCCUGUCAGCUCAUCAACAGGAAGGACCAGGCCCACUUUGUGCACCACUAUGAGAACUUCUGA